ACGACGGAUUCUGAUCAAAACCCCCCUUUUCGGAUCUUGUCACCAUGAUCAACACGUUAUGGGAGAAUCAGCGACAGAUGGAGAAGCUGAAGAGCAAGCUGGACAGAAUCGAGAGGCAAAGGGCCGAGACUAUGAUGCUCAGAAGCCAACCCCAGCCGCCUCCCCCAUUUGUGUGGCCGUCUCCUUAUGGGUAUCCACAUGUUCCGCCUCCUCCGCCGGCCCAGUCUCACCAGAUGGAGAAACUGCUUGAGGGCAUCGACAAGAGACAGGGGGACAUUCAGAGCAUGCUGUUCGCCCUGGCCCUCAAUCAUCACCGCACCAGCGAUGAUCACGGACGGAGAAGCGAGGGGGAGGCCCCGCCACGUAAGAUCAGUGCAACCAAGGCAAUGAUGAGACGGGCGAUAGUGCUGCCUGUUUCUCGUGUGUGUGAUCGACCAGCCGCACGAAAGCACGAGCCUCGCUCUUCCCAACUGCAGACCGAGAGCCGCUCCCCAGACCAGCCUCGCAAACGAUCAGUCAGCAUCAAGGUGAGGCACCACACUCCCCUGUCAACACACACACACGGACUGUUUGCUCGCCUGCAUGCUGCCCAUCAAGGGCAGGAGCCGGUGGAGACGGAUGAGGCUGAGGAGGAGGAGGCAGAGGGCUCUUCAAACAGCGCGGAGAGCAGCGCCGACGACCACGACGAUGGGCCCGAUGACCCUGCGGAGGAUCCAUCGAGAUGGCUCAAGUUCGAUGACGAGGACAAGCGGAAGAAACGCAAGGAGAAGAGAGAGAAGAAGAAACAGCCUAAAGACGAGCAGCACGAGGAGCACACUGAGGAGAUGGACAAGGAAGAAGACACACACGGAGACAGGGAAGGAGACGAGGGCGAGAAAUCGGUCGAGGAUGCUGAGAAGCCGGCGUCAACGGAGCCUCUAGAGGCUAAGCGCAAGCGGAGUGCGCUAUCCCGAUUCCGAGUGGCUGGCUUGGCCGCUUUCUACCCAUACGUCCUCAAAAAAGACGUAUGUAGGAGGCGAGAGAGGGGGACGUCUCACACAAAUGCACAAAUAUGCAUGCCCACACGUCGUGUCGUGUGGCAGGUGAUCGAGUCGAACCAGUGGGUGCGGGAGAAAGCCCUGGAGAGCUUCAGCAGCCAACUCCACCUCUACAUCGAGGUGGGUGCGUGUGACCAGGGAGCUUCCCCAGGACACCCUCCCAGUCACCCUGUCUCUGUCAGAUAUGCAAGACGUGGAUCUUGCGGCAGAUCAAGCCAUGCCUGCUGACCAUUCUCUCCGACACCAAGCGCAAGUACGACCCAGCGAGUCUCGCAAAGGAGCCCGAGGAACUCCGCUGGGGCAUCACCGGUCGGCUGCUCACCUUUCGCAGACCACCGAGCAUCCAGCCACAGCACUCCGGGCGCGGAGACGCAUCCCCGGCCGGGGCCAGUCCGGUUCCUGAUAUCGUCGUCAACGGGCAGCCGCCGGCGAAGGCGCCUGCUGAGCUGUUCCCGAGCAAGCAGGCCUCCAAUGCGCCGCUGACGCCAAGACGGCAGCUGGAGCUUCGCGUGGAGGUCCUGCUUCAGCUGCUUGAGGAGCUGCUGCAGCAGCCUCCGCCGCCACCCCUGCUGAAGUUCUUCUGUCAGCUGACGGCCUCCCGUGUGCACGUGCCCGACGACUACCUCAUGCCCUGGGAGGCACAGCACUUCGACAAGGACAUCCACGGCGCUCUCAUGUGAGAAGACAGAGGACACAGAAAGAGAAGGCCCGUGUUGACGUUGUGUGUGUGAGGUGCAGAGUGAGACCGGUGGUAGUGCCAUCCGAGGAAGACAAAGAGCGAGACGACUUCUUCCCGGCUGAUGACGAGGAGACUGUGUCGUUUGGGGGUGAGGUGCUGAUCGCUGGCUUUGUGGGUGUGAGGGUGCUGCUCCAACGCAUCCUCACCGGCGUCUCUCCUGGGUGCGUGGGGGGGCGGGGGGCGACUGUGGGCGGCAGGAGAAGGACAAAGAACAAAGACUGGUGCUGGGCUGUGCAUCUUGGUUGUGCCUGGGCAGGAGCAACAAGCAGGCGGCCAUCAACCUCAAGGCCUUCACAACAGUUGUGCACCGGCUGAUGGCAAUGCGGUACGGCCGCCGGACUGAGGGGCAGUCGAGCACCAGCCUGUUUGGAGAGAUGCCGUGUCUGAUGCCCACUGACGAGUCCAAAGACAAAGGGCCUCUGCUCUUCAGCGUACACACACACGCAGAAAUGAGACACGAAUCCGACUGAAUGUGUGUGUGUGUGUGCUCUGCGUGUUUUCUGCUGGUGUGCAGGACACCGAGAUGGCUUCGUUCUAUCAGCACAGCCACCACUGGUAGGCCAGACAACUCACGAACAUCCAUGUGUCACACCAUGCACCUUGUUCCCUUCCUCAGGCUAGAGACACAGACUACGCGGCUGCAGACAUUUUUCACACAGUGUCCGUCAGAGCUGAUCUGACAAUGACGGAGGCUCGCCCGCUCGCUCCCUCGCAGUGCAGUGGCACGUAGAAAGGCACACAUGCUAUGUGUUCCGUGGCAAUGCCUGCAUGUCUCACUCACAGACAUUU